GGCCCGGCGCCAGUCCCGCCUCCCCGCUCCUGGCCGGUGUCCCACUGGCCGCCUCGCAGCCCGGUGUAUGUGCGGCAACAACAUGUCGGCGCCGCUCCCCGCCAUCGUCCCGGCCGCCAGGAAGGCAACAGCUGCUGUCAUUUUUCUUCACGGAUUGGGAGAUACCGGGCAUGGAUGGUCAGAAGCGCUUGCAGGUAUCAAAAGCCCCCAUGUAAAAUACAUUUGCCCACAUGCGCCAGUUAUGCCAGUUUCUUUGAACAUGAACAUGGCUAUGCCAUCAUGGUUUGAUAUCAUUGGACUUUCUCCAGAUUCACAGGAAGAUGAAGCUGGGAUCAAGCAGGCAGCGGAGAAUGUUAAAGCACUGAUAGAUCAAGAAGUAAAAAAUGGGAUUCCUUCUAAUCGAAUUAUUCUAGGAGGCUUUUCUCAGGGAGGUGCUUUAUCAUUGUAUACAGCUCUUACAACACACCAGAAAUUAGCAGGUGUUGUAGCCCUCAGCUGUUGGCUUCCUCUGCGGGCUUCUUUUCCCCAGGGCCCUAUCAGUGGUGUCAACAAAGAUAUUGCUGUUCUUCAGUGCCAUGGGGACUGUGACCCAUUGGUUCCUUUAAUGUUUGGUUCUCUCACUGUUGAGAAGCUGAAGAGUAUGGUAAAUCCUGCCAACGUAACCUUCAGGACUUACUCGGGCAUGAUGCAUAGCUCAUGUAUUGAGGAGAUGAUGGAUAUAAAGCAGUUCAUAGACAAACAUCUACCUCCCAUAGACUGAAAUAAUAUGUGAGAAGCCUUCUGUAUAAAUACACCAGCAUCAACUGUGGUAGAGUGUUAAUCUUUUCAUAUGCCUGAUAGGAAGCAUUACUUCUAUACCUGCAGUGUUACUACUGUGUUGCAAAUUAUACUUAGGAUGAGUAUUAAAUAAUGUACAAGAAAUGGUUAUCUUUUUGGUAUUAAUCAUCCACUGGCGGGACUAUAUGAAUGAGGCAGCUAAAUAACAAUGACAGAAUGUAACCUAACAUACUGGUUUAAAACAUCUGAUUUUUUUUUUUUUUUUCAGAUUUAAACUAUUUGUACAAGUAAUUAAAAACUAAAUUUAAGUGAGCAACAUAAAUGUGACCAGUUUAGUUA